UUGAUUAUUCUGAAUCCAAAGAACCAAAGGAUCUACUUGAAAUUGCUAAAAAUAUAAAAGAAAUUGGAAAUUCUUAUUAUAAAAAGUCAGAAUAUGAAAAUAAAUGGAACUUGGAAGCAAAAUUAAUUCCACUUAAAUCAUUUGACUUUAAUUUUGAAAAAUACACCGUUGAUAUUCCAAUGGAAACUGUAGUAGAAGAUGAAAUAGGAGGAAAAGACCAUAUUAGGUCAUUGCAAAGUAUAUUUUUAAUUGAAAUCAAUAAUAAAAAACAGUCAAAAAACAAUAAAAAAUGA